AUGAAAACAAAUUCGAAACUUGAUGAAGAUUUUCCAGCACUUUCUUCAUUACCAAAAUCAACACCACCACAGUCACCUCAAAAUCCUCCUCAAUCACCUCCACAGCAAAAAAAUCCACCAGAAGUUAAACAAUAUACUUUAGACGAGCAACUAUUUCAUGAUGUUUCUCCAGAACAAAUCGCUCUUACAGACAUGACAACUCAAGACUUUGGCUUUGCAUUGUCUUCGUCUUUAGAUUUUAUUCCAGAUACACCUUACGAAAAAGAUCCUUCGAAUGACGACGGUAACUCAGACACAUCAUAUCCAAAGACACCAAACAUGAAAUUACUUCAACCAGAGUUUUUCAAGAAGUACGACGUUGAUACACUUUUCUUCAUCUUCUUUUACUUCCCUGGAACAUCGCAACAAUACUUUGCAGGAAAAGAAUUGCAUCGCCGUGGUUGGGUCUUCCAUAAGAACUAUGGAUCAUGGUUUUUGAUGGUUGGCGAACCAACCGAGAGCAAUGCCGAAUAUACAGUUGGCAAAUUUGAUUACCUCGACCAUACGUCAGAAAGUUGGAAUAUUCGAUCGAAAUCUAACUUUAAGAUUGAUAAUUCUAUUAUCGAACAAGACUACUGA